CAUGGGAACAAGUUAAUGACCGACCAAGAUCAACAGACCGGCAGGGGAGUUCUCAAGGGCAGGGUGUGGGCAACAGAUCCACUGGGGACGCGGGCAAGGGGGAUGAAGGGGCUUCUAGUGCUGUGCUUGGGCCUCCUGGUCCUGGCGGAUGCCAACCGGUCGCCCCUCCAGCAAAGGGCUCUGGAGCUGGUGCUAGAUUUCUUCCACAGCAGGGACCUCGUGCAGGCGACGUUCAAGGAGCAAGCCGUGACCCACGUCACGGAGACGGAAUUCCCAAGGGGAACCUAUGUCCAGCUGGAAGUUGACCUUGUGCAGACCCUCUGCCGGAAGCAGCAGCGAGGGAUGCAAAACUGCCGGAUCAAGCCAGGCGGGAGGAAACAGAAGUGCCUGGCUUGCUUCAAGUUUAACUCCAGUGACCCUCAUAACAUUUUGGACGAGUCCAAGAGGUGCCUCUCAGAGCAGAACCCAAUCUUCCAGGAAGUGAGGAGGAAGCAGAAUCAGGAAUGUGAGGCAGUCAAAGAGGCAUAUGAGGAGCAGCGCUACCACAUCGGACAAUUUGCAUUUCUCAAGGGGCUCCCGGAAGAGUGAUGGGACCCACAUUUACUGGGCUGUUCUUUGACCAUCAAGGAAGCAAGGCACCCUCUUCCUUUUGGAAACAAGCAGAACAUCCACCAGUUUGGGUCUCGUUGCCACAGGAAUGGAACCUCUCUUGGUCCCAGAGGAGUCUUCUGUCUUUCUUCCUUCUUCCUUUAUUCCCAUAAUAAAAGUUCAAGUGGAGGCUU